CCAAUCGUGAGGUACUUGAGGGGGUCGGCGCGGUCAGUGGCGGCCUGAGGAGAGUGGCUGCCGCCAUGAUAGAACAGCAGAAGCGUAAGGGCCCAGAGUUGCCACUGGUCCCAGUCAAGCGGCAGCGACAUGAACUACUGUUGGGAGCGGCAGGGUCGGGCCCUGGAGCCGGGCAGCAGCAGGCGGCGCCGGGAGCUUUGCUGCAAGCGGGUCCUCCAAGAUGUUCCUCCCUUCAAGCCCCAAUCAUGCUUCUCUCGGGACAUGAAGGGGAAGUGUACUGCUGCAAGUUUCACCCCAAUGGAUCCACCUUAGCAUCUGCAGGAUUUGACCGACUGAUAUUGUUGUGGAAUGUCUAUGGAGACUGUGAUAACUACGCUACAUUGAAGGGACACAGUGGAGCAGUGAUGGAGCUUCAUUAUAACACAGACGGCAGUAUGCUCUUCUCAGCAUCCACAGAUAAAACUGUGGCGGUGUGGGAUAGUGAAACAGGCGAGAGGGUUAAAAGACUGAAGGGGCAUACUUCGUUUGUGAACUCCUGUUACCCAGCCAGGAGGGGCCCCCAGCUUGUUUGCACUGGCAGUGACGACGGUACAGUCAAGCUUUGGGAUAUCCGCAAGAAAGCGGCCAUCCAGACAUUUCAGAACACCUACCAAGUUUUAGCUGUGACUUUCAAUGAUACAAGUGAUCAGAUUAUUUCUGGUGGAAUAGACAAUGAUAUCAAGGUCUGGGACCUGCGCCAAAAUAAGCUGACCUACACGAUGAGAGGUCAUGCAGAUUCAGUGACUGGCCUGAGUUUAAGUUCUGAAGGCUCUUAUCUCUUGUCCAAUGCAAUGGACAAUACAGUGCGGGUCUGGGAUGUCCGGCCAUUUGCUCCCAAAGAGCGGUGUGUGAAGAUAUUUCAAGGAAAUGUGCACAACUUUGAAAAGAAUCUUCUGAGAUGUUCUUGGUCACCUGAUGGAAGCAAGAUAGCAGCUGGCUCAGCUGACAGUUCCAGAAGUUCCAUCUUCAUGAUGUUUGCAGGUUCGUCUACGUCUGGGAUACCACAAGCAGGAGGAUUUUGUAUAAGCUACCGGGCCACGCUGGCUCCAUCAAUGAAGUGGCUUUCCACCCCGAUGAACCCAUCAUUCUCUCAGCAUCCAGUGACAAGAGACUAUAUAUGGGGGAGAUUCAGUGAAGAUAUGGAAUGGAAGACUCCACAAGACUGCUUGACCCUGAGACCUCAGACAGCAUAAGUGGCAUCAAAUGAUGUCCAAGCCAGCAUCCUCCCUUCAGAUGAAGAUUGUUAGUAGCAAGAAAUGAGGAGGAGGUAGCCAUGUUCCAAACCACCAGUGUCCCAGGUCACCGCGAUGACUAAGGCAAGCUUCCAGUGGCCUCUAAAACCACCUGCCAGAUUUUAGGGAUUGUUUUAUUUUUUUCCUCCUUUUUUUUUCUUUUUUUUUUUAAAUAAGGUUUCUUCAAAAGGACAGACAUUGGUUGGUUCAUCAUUUCCUAUUUCCUAAUCUAGGCUGAAGACAGGGAAUGUGACUGAAAUAUAUUUAUCAGGUUUUUGUUUUUGUUUAGUUCAAUAACUUGUAUAUUUUCUUUCUUUGUUUCUCUGACUCAUUUUGUAUUAAAAGCCAACUAGAUGCCUUUUUACAGGA